AUGACCCCCACUAGACCCGUGUUCACCGAUGACCAUUUCCAGGCACAAAACGCAGAUAAAUGGAUCGAGGCGAACGACGGUUUACGCGCUUUAUUUGAGGCGCACCAAAAUAGCAUGCGACUACUUGUGGAAGCGCUACGCAACCCGCCGGCUGUCAAGGAAAAGAAUAUUGGAUUGCCUGAAUUCCACCCCGAAAAUGCAGACACUGAUGCCCGAGCCUGGCUAGCAACUGCAGACAUCUGUUUGCCGGAUCGUGAUAUACAGGGAAGUAAACUUAUUCUUAUAAUUCUUAAUAAGGCCAUGAAAGGAUCAGCCGCAACAUGGUUGUCCCAAAUAGCUUUUUCCUAA